GAAAAACGCAGACAAGAAUUACAAUUUACCGAAAGAGAGAGCAAUAAUUCUUUGUCCUUCAUGGCGCUUGCUGUUUCUUCUUCUUCUGCAAUUUCUGCUUCUAAUUUGCAGCAUUUUGCCGCUUCCUUUGAGGUUAAAGCUCCACGAAUUGGUUCUGUUCAGCUGCUGAAUCGGCCGCACGGUUUAUCUGCUGGAGUCGAUUAUUCACGAAAGGGAUUCUCGGUGAAGCCUAUUAAUGCGAAAUCCAGACGGAAUGAUUUGAUUGUCCCUCUCUCGGCGAAUACUCUUGGUGCUGAGGUGGAGGAGAAAGCGGAGACGGUAGACUAUGAUGGAUUAGCCAAAGACUUCGAAUAUGCUUCUCCUCUGGAAAUAAUGGACACGGCCCUGGAGAGAUUUGGCAACGACAUUGCUAUCGCGUUCAGUGGUUCGGAAGAUGUUGCAUUGAUUGAAUAUGCUCGAUUGACUGGUCGACCAUUUAGGGUAUUCAGCCUAGACACCGGGAGGCUGAAUUCAGAAACAUACAAAUUCUUUGAUACAGUGGAGAAACAUUAUGGCAUCCACAUUGAGUACAUGUUCCCAGAUGCUGUUGAAGUUCAGGGUUUAGUUCGGAACAAAGGGCUGUUUUCAUUCUACGAGGAUGGCCACCAGGAGUGCUGCCGAGUAAGGAAGGUGAGGCCUUUGAGGAGGGCUCUAAAGGGGCUCCGAGCAUGGAUCACCGGACAAAGAAAAGACCAAUCUCCUGGAACUAGGUCUGAGAUUCCCAUUGUCCAAAUUGAUCCUAUUUUUGAGGGAUUGGAUGGUGGCAUUGGGAGCCUGAUUAAGUGGAACCCAGUAGCCAACUUUGAUAGUAAAUACAUAUGGAACUUCUUGCGGACCAUGAAUGUACCUGUAAACUCCCUGCAUUCUCAAGGAUACGUCUCAAUUGGCUGUGAUCCCUGCACAAGGCCUAUCCUCCCUGGGCAGCACGAAAGAGAAGGAAGAUGGUGGUGGGAGGAUUCCAAAGCCAAGGAAUGCGGCCUUCACAAAGGAAAUCUUAAACAUCUCAAUGGCAAUGGAAAUGGAGCUCUCCAUGUAAAUGCAACUCCCCAAGUUAACGACAUUUUUGUCUCCGAAAAUUUGGUGAACCUGAACAGAAUCGGAAUCGAAAACUUGGCCAGACUGGAGAACAGGAAAGAGCCUUGGCUUGUGGUUGUUUAUGCACCUUGGUGCCAAUUCUGUCAGGCUAUGGAAGGGUCAUAUGUGGAAUUGGCUGAGAAGUUGGCAGGAAAUGGAGUGAAAGUUGGGAAGUUCAGAGGCGACGGUGAGCAGAAGGAGUUCGCCAAACAAGAGCUGCAGCUAGGAUCCUUCCCCACAGUACUCUUUUUCCCCAAACACUCGUCUAAAGCAGUGAAGUACCCAUCUGAGAAGAGGGAUGUUGACUCGUUGAUGGCUUUUGUGAAUGCCCUUCGAUGAUACAGCGUGAUAGCCAUUAACAAAGGAAAUUCACAGAGGUUCCAAUCUUUUGUUGGAUUUUAUAUAUAUAUAUAUUUCUGAGGAAGGAUAAUAAUAUGUCGACUGCGAUGGAAGUUGUUGAGAUCAAAAUCAACGCUUGGGGAUCUUUUUGGAGCUUUUAGAGAAUCCGAUCCUGAAAUCAUCCGAUUAUGUGUUUGUAUAGAUAUCAAUUUUCCCGUAGGGCUCCCAGGACCAUGAUGUAGUAAUGGUCCGAGGCAUAAGCACAACGAGAUUAUAAAUUUGUUUUGUGUGUGAGGAUUUGUUUGAUCUUGAGACCCUUGUAGUAAUCAUAUUUUAUCUGAGUUGAAUAAUAUACCCAUAGGCUUCUAAAUAUUUUGAU